AUGUUGGCCAAUUUAAUUAUUAAAAGACAAAAAAAGUUCCCAAUAAAUUUGAAAGGAGUGUUAAUUGGAAAUGGGAUGUUGAGUCAAAUUUCGAAUACUAAUACAAUGCCACUUUAUGCUCACGGUCAUGCUAUUAUAGAUGACGAAUUAUGGCAAUAUUUUGGCAAAAAAUGUUGUAAAGGAUGUGCUGGUAUAGUUUUUUAA